CUGCGGCUGCGGCGGCCGCGCCUGCGCAGACCCGAGCGCGCUCUGCGGCUCGCUCCGCGGCGGAGGCGGCGCGAACAGCCAGGGGCCGGUGGAUGGCUCUGUGGGGCCCGGACAGCUCGGGGCCCUGCUCCCGCGGGCCGCUGGAGGAGGCGGGGGCGGCGGCCGAGGAGCGCGAGGCGCCGGCGGCGGAGGCGGCGGCGGCGGUAGCCGUGCCGCUGGACGAGGAGGAGGAUGAUGGCCGCGGCCUACUGCGCUGGGACGGCUUCUCGGCCUGGCUGCACUGCGUGUGUGUGGUGGGCUUCGACCUGGAGCUGGGCCAGGCCGUGGAGGUAAUUUAUCCUCAGCAUUCCAAACUUACUGAUAAAGAAAAAACCAAUAUUUGCUAUUUGUCUUUUCCAGAUUCAAAUUCAGGUUGUCUUGGAGAUACCCAGUUCUGUUUUAGAUUUCGACAGUCUUCUGGGAGGAGGGUGUCACUGCAUUGUUUCCUGGAUCAAUUUGACAAAGAUUUACCAGUUUACUUAAAGAAGGAUCCUGCUUAUUUUUAUGGAUAUGUGUAUUUCCGACAAGUUCGAGACAAAACUCUAAAAAGAGGCUAUUUUCAAAAGUCCUUGGUUUUGAUCAGCAAACUACCUUAUAUUCAUUUUUUUCACACUGUACUCAAACAGAUAGCACCAGAAUAUUUUGAAAAGAGCAAACCUUAUUUGGAAGCAGCUUGUAAUGAUGUUGAUCGAUGGCCUGCCCCAGUGCCAGGGAAAACAUUAUACCUGCCUAUUAUGGGAGUAGUAAUGAAGGUUCGGAUUCCCACAUGUCAUGACAAACCUGGGACAACUCAAAUAGUGCAGGCAGACACACACAUAUCUGUUGUUUUAUCUACUGUUCAUGAAGUGGAUCUUUUCAGGUGUUUUUUCCCAGUUUUCUUUCACAGUCAGAUGCUUUGGGAACUUGUGCUGUUGGGGGAGCCCCUUGUGGUCAUGGCACCAUCGCCUUCAGAGUCUUCGGAGACUGUAUUGGCACUUGUUAACUGUAUUUCUCCAUUGAAGUACUUCAGUGACUUCCGACCUUAUUUCACUAUUCAUGAUAGUGAAUUCAAAGAAUAUACUACUCGUACUCAAGCCCCGCCUUCAGUCAUAUUAGGAGUAACCAACCCCUUUUUUGCAAAAACACUUCAGCACUGGCCACACAUUAUUCGAAUAGGAGACCUUAAACCAGCAGGUGAAAUUCCUAAACAGGUUAAAGUGAAAAAAUUGAAGAACCUGAAGACUCUGGAUUCUAAACCUGGAGUUUAUACGUCUUAUAAGCCAUAUCUAAAUAGAGAUGAAGAGAUCAUAAAGCAAUUACAGAAGGGUGUUCAACAGAAACGUCCUUCUGAGGCUCAAAGCGUUAUUCUGCGACGUUAUUUCUUGGAGUUGACACAAAGCUUCAUCAUUCCAUUAGAAAGAUAUGUGGCAAGCUUAAUGCCUUUGCAGAAAAGUAUUUCUCCAUGGAAGAGUCCACCCCAAUUAAGACAAUUCCUUCCAGAAGAAUUUAUGAAAACACUUGAGAAAACAGGACCUCAGUUGACCUCUAGAAUAAAAGGCGAUUGGAUUGGACUUUACCGGCAUUUCCUAAAAUCACCAAAUUUUGAUGGUUGGUUUAAGACCCGACGGAAGGAAAUGACCCAGAAAUUGGAGGCACUCCAUCUAGAAGCUCUUUGUAAAGAGGAUUUACUUCUCUGGACCCAGAAACACACAGAAGUAGAAACAGUAGACCUUGUAUUGAAGCUAAAAAGUAAGCUGUUGCAGGCUGAUCGAGAGCACUUACCUGUGAAACCUGAAACUAUGGAAAAGUUACGGGGACACAUAGACGCAAUUAUCUUAGCAUUGCCAGAGGACCUACAAAGCAUCCUGCUCAAAACAAGCAUGACGUGAUAUUUGCCAGGGUUUUCCAGCCAGAAAGGACUGUGUGUGCAUCAGGAAGCAUACUGACAUUUCACCUGGACGCACAAAGGAGAUCUGGAGAAGAAAAGAGCUGUAAUGCUAGCUACAGGGUAGAAAGACUAUACUGACUUUUUUAGUGCAUUAUUUUAAAAAAUGGCUAUCUGUGGUGGUUCCACUUUAAUACUGAAACGCCGAAAUGCAUUUCUAUAUUUUAAAUCAUGUUUUAAAGUGCUCUUAUGAGAGACCUGUGGGACCAUCAGUAUAAGUGAUUCUAAACUGCAGUGCUGGCAUUGCAGAUUUUUUUUUAAAUUGGUGCUGUUUUGCCCAAUCAUGUUAAAACUCAGGGGGAUAUAAAAAUAACAUUUACACUGGUUACCUUCUUAAGAAGGCAAGGACUGAACUGUCUGACUGUAGUUAGAAGUAACUAAUGCUUUUGUAGUGCCUUCCAUUGACGUACAUAUUUCACAAAAUCUGGCUGCUAGUCUUGAAGCUUUUUCUUAAUUAUGAUAUGUAAUUAUAUAAGACAUACUUUUGCAUAAUAAUUGCUUAAAAACAUGUUUUUGACUCCCAUCAUGUUUAGUAGUGGCAUGGUAUCCUUCUUCCUCCCCCUCCCCAAUGGUCAUGACAUUUCAUUAUUUUCUAUACUAUUUUCAAAUUUAAUUUUAUUAGUUUCUACAAAGGCAAGAAGGCAUCUAAUAUUAAUUAUGGAAGAGUUAAUUUCCUCUUACCCUUUACUAAUUGGUUUCUGUUUAAGUUAAUUAGCUUGGAUGUUUUUCAAAAACAUUCUAAUAAUAAAUCUCAUAAUCAGCUAUUUUUUUGAACUGAGCUAUUCUUAUUUCAAAGGCAUUAAUAAACCUUUUAUGUGGUAGUUAUUUGAGUCACUAUAAGAUUGAUUUUUCAGCAUUAUUUGUUUGUUAGGGUUCCCUCCCCUUGAAUUUAUAUUUCUCGGAACACUUUCUCUACUGUGUUUGACAUGGGAACUUUGCCUGAAUCACUGUUACAGCUAUUUUGUAGUUUGUUUCUGUUCUGUUUUGUUUUUACUACCUUGCCAAAAACAGAAGAUCAUAGUUUGGUUUAUUCUACCAAAGUUGUUUGGUUUAUGUUUGAAUAGGAGUGUCCUGCAAAAGCCAGUAUUUUAAGGCACACAUGACAUAGCACAUAUGUAAAUAGCUGCAUCUUGAAUUACCGUCUAAGUAUCCAAACUUGUUUGUAAAAGAAAUGGCUUUGGAAGCUAUCCUUUUCUGUUAAUAUAACUACUAAGUGCACUCUCUAUCCAAGGAAGGCUCUUUGUGUUUGUAACUGUGGUCUUAUACAGUCUCUCAAAGCAUACCUCAAAGUCAUAGAGAGAAUAUGGCAUUUGAAAAAAAUCAUUUGCCUCAGAUCAUAUGAGUUAUUUUGUGAAACAAUAAUUAUCCUUAUGGAAAAGACAACUGCUUUUAAAUUUCAUAUCUUUCUGGGAACCUUAUUUAGGUAUAAAUGGUCAUCUUAUUUUUCAAAAGGUGUAUUUUAAUAAUCUCACAAUUUAUAUGCAGUGUGUGACUAGAAUUUGAAAGUUGUUAGUGUCAUAUCAAGGAUCUUUUAAAUUAUACCACUACAGAUGUAUCAUUUCAAGUUUAUUUUGCAUAGCUAAAGAGUAUCAAAGGCUGCCAAUUAGCAUAAUAAUUAUCUUUAUAUUUACUGUAUUUAACUAAAACCGAACAAAUGUUGAAAAUCCUAUGAUACAUAACCUGGUUUAUCUAUUAAUUUCGAAUUACUUGUAAAAAAUAAUUUAAAAUUUCAUUGGGAACCUGAGAAAGACUGACUGAUCACUUCAUUUUUUGUGUGGUUUUCAGAGUUGUUUCCCCACCCUUCCCCCCCUUUUUUUGGGAGACAUUGCUAAGAUCUAAAAUCUGCCAUUUAAUGUUUAUCUCCACCAGCAUCAGAAGAAAUCCCUGCUUCAGGGUGUUAAGUAAUGCCUAGUGCCUUCUGUUUUCAGUGAUAAAGAUAUUUUGUGAAGGCAUUUUUGGUCAUUACUCAAAACUGAAUUAAAGGCCUUUGAUUUUAAAA